GGCGCUGGUCCGCUCCUGCAGCGUUUUAAUCCCCUCUAGCUAGCCGCGGAGCGGGAGUGCUGUUGCCUUUACAUGGCCCCUACGGGAGGAACGCAGGCUGGGGUGGCUGCCUCGAGUCCUAGGUGUGCUGAGGUCCAACCUCCUCUCCCGUUUCCCUCCGACCGCUUUUCCCGAAAGGAUAUGAUCGAGUAGCUCCCCGCUCAAGGGCUGGGUUUUGGUUGGGAUUUUCUUCAUGGAAGCGAUGUCCCCCCAGCAGGAGACUCUGGGGGGGCAGCCAGGGCGCUCUUCUUCUCUGACUGGGGAAUCCAGGAUCGCGGGUGACACGGAGAGUAAGAAGAAAAUGAAAACACUAGCAGAGAGGAGAAGAAGUGCUCCAUCCCUCAUCCUUGACAAAGCCCUGCAGAAACGGCCCAGCAGCAAGGAGAGUCCAUCUGCCAACUUGUACCCAGGUGAAUUUCUCAAGUCUUUCAAGUCCUCCAGCAGGACCCUGCUGAUUGACAGCCGUGUUGAACUCAAAAGAGGCCUGCAGCGUCAAGAACGACAUAUCUUUCUGUUUAAUGAUUUGUUUGUCGUGACUAAGGUCAAGUAUAACAACAAUCUUAAGAUAAAAAAUAAAAUAAAAUUAAGUGAUAUGUGGACAGCAAGCUGUGUGGAUGAAGUGGGUGAAGGGAAUACCAAUACCAUGAAGUCAUUUGUUUUAGGAUGGCCCAUUGUCAACUUCGUUGCCACCUUCAGUUCUUCAGAACAAAAGGACAAGUGGCUUUCUCUUCUGCAGAGAUAUAUUGACCAACAAAAGGAGAAGGACCAUCCAAAGAGCAUUCCCCUUAAAAUCUUUGCAAAGGACAUUGGCAAUUGUGCUUACUCCAAAACAAUAACAAUCACGAAUACCGAUACAGUGAAUAAAGUCAUCACCAUGGCCCUGCCAAUGCUAGGGAUAAAUGGUUCUGCAAAAGACUACCAACUCUGGGUGAAUUCUGGGAGAGAAGAAGCUCCAUAUCCACUCAUUGGUCAUGAAUAUCCUUAUGGAAUUAAAAUGAGCCAUCUUCGAGACACUUCAUUCCUGAUGCAAGGAUCAAAGGAUUCACCAUCCCCUUUGGACCUCCAGGAGUCCUUCCUCAUAGAGCAGCUGCCUCGGGAGAUGCAGUGUCAGUUCAUCCUGAAGCCCAGCCGCCUGGCCGGGAGCCAACCACUGACUGAUCCCAGCCAGAAGAUGUUUAAAAGAAGAAGAUCGAUCAUAAAUUGGGCCUUUUGGCGAGGCUCCAGUAUUCACCUGGAUAACAUGCCUGUGUCUCCAACGUCCCCAGUGCCAGGGCAUCUCUUUGGGGUUUCACUGUCAGAGAUCUGUGAGAAUGACAACCUGCCCAAACCUGUUUUGGAUAUGCUUUUCUUUCUAAAUCAAAAAGGACCUCUCACGAAAGGCAUUUUCAGGAUAUCUGGGAAUGUCAAAUCCUGCAGAGAGUUGAAGGAGAAACUGAACUCGGGAGCUGAGGUGGACUUAAAUGGUGAAUCCAUUUUUGUGACAGCAUGCGUCUUGAAGGAUUUUCUUAGAAACAUUCCAGGAAGUAUUUUGUCAUCUGAUCUCUUUGACCAGUGGGUUUGCAUCAUGGAUCAAGGGAAUGAUGAAGAGAAGAUAAACACUGUUCAGAGGCUAAUAGAGCAGCUUCCUAGAGCCAAUGUCGUUCUCCUGCGAUAUCUGUUUGCAAUGUUGCACAGCAUCGAGCAACAAUCUGCAUCCUGUCAAAUGACAGCUUUUAAUUUGGCUGUGUGCAUUGCUCCCAGCAUUCUUUGGCCACCAUCUUCUGCCAGUCCGGAGCUGGAGAAUGAAUUCACUAAGAAGGUCUCUCUACUUGUACAGUUUAUAAUUGAGAAUUGCCACAGGAUAUUUGGUGAGGAAAUCACUUCACUCUUGAGGGAUAUUUCAAUCAGCUGUGACAGAGACAGUGCCCCAGGUAUGUCUGCCUUUCAAAUGAAUGACUCUUCCUAUGACAGCUUAGAAAAUGAGCUGAAUGAUGAUGUAGAUGCUCCUUGCAGUGACCUGGUAAAGAAGCUAGGUCAGGACAGCCGGAGCAUGGACUCUGUUUUAACAUUGAGUGACUGUGAUUUGGACCAGCCUGAAUCUGAAGGCAUUUUAACUCUGAGUGAUUUAAACCUGGACCAGCCUAAAAAUGAAGAAAUUCAACUGAAGCAUCGUUCCAAAUCUAAGCCAUUGAGCAUUCCAUUGGCAUCGUGCAGUAAGGUUUCAUCAGAAGAUUGCUCCAAGAACAUGUCGGUUGGCACGAGCACGCUUGGUUACUUGUCCACGGCUGCAGUAGAUGCUCUGAAAAACUGGAGGAGACACAGGCGCUGUUCUGAGCCCAGCAUAGACUACCUGGAUACCAAGCUCACUUACCUCAGGGAGUUCUAUCAGAAGAGGCUCCGCAAAUCCAGCUGUGAUGCUAUUCUCUCCCACCAAGAUGAAGAUGGUCCCAAACAGUGCCAGUCCUCCCAUGGAGGGGACCAAAAGCUUUGUUCAGUCACUCAGACUGAAGUGGAGAAGAAAAAUAAUACUAACCAAAACGUUAAGAAAAAAGGCUUCUUUAGUCAUGAAGGUACUCCAGUGAGACUUCCCUUCAAAUCCAAACCUGUGGCCAUAUCUGUGGCGUCCUGUACUAAUAUUUCAUUGCAGGAUCAUUCUAAGAGCCAAACCCUUGGCCCUGAUCACUCUGGAUACUCCCCUUCAAACACAACACUUGGACUCAAAAAUUUUCGAAGACACAGGCGCUGCUCGGAGCCCAACAUAGACUACCUGGACUGCAAGCUCAGCUAUCCCAGUGGGGUGUCUUCAAAGAAUGACUACAAGACAAGCUGUGAUGUUGGUCUCUCUCUUGGAGAGGAGGAUUAUCUCAAGCGCCACCAGUCUUUGCAAGUAGAAGGUCAAAAACUAAUUAAUCAGAGUUUGAUUAUGGGAAUCGAGGUGGGUAAGAGUAAUGCCUCAAAUCAAAAUGUAGAAAAGAUGUUGCCUGUUACUCCACCACGAUUAAAUAUUUGCUCAAGAACUAGCUAUUCUAGUUUGUCAUCACCAGGCACGUCACCAUCUGGUUCUUCAGUGAGCUCUCAAGACAGUGCUUUUUCCCAGAUUUCUGAAAACUCCGUCUUUAUUCCCUCAGAAACCUCUUCUCCAAUUGAUUGCACUUUUUCAACUCUGAGGAAACCGGGCGAGCUUUCUUCUGACUUCUGCAGCCCUUUUUCUGGGAUAUUCAACCCUUCCCCUGGAUCAGCCAGCAGCCACCCACUUUGUAUUAAAAAAGAUAGUGUUGAGUGGUCUCAAAUGCAGCCCUUACCUCUUCAGCCUAGCACAUGGUUAAGGAAUGGAGUGGCCACUCUGAAGAACUGGUCCCUCAAAAAGAAGACAAAGGCAUCGAGACAAGAGAGAAAGAAGGCAAAUUCCAUAAAAGGAGCCUUGGAACAGCCAGCCUGUUCUUCUGAAGUCUCAGAAGCCAGUGUGCUCCAAGAGAGUCAGGUAGAUGCACCCCCUAGAAACUCCAACCUAGUCAGUCCUGUCCAAACAGAUAAGGCUGAUGCCUGCAAGGACUGUGAGGACCAUGGGAGCCCUCUAAGCUCUUCACUGAAUGAUGAACCUAAACUCUUUAUGAAUCCUACCAAGGAAGGGGAGGAUGACAGCCAGUGUUCUCCUGCUACUUGGCCCCCUGAGAAUCCCACACUCAGCUGCGCUUUGACUCUAGGGAGUGAACUAAACCCAGCCCCCAGUACUGGGUGUCCUGAGACUGAAGUAGCUUGGACUGAUGACCUAGGACAUACAACCAAAGACAUUUAACCAAAGUAAGACUGACAUCCACCAGAAUGGCUGGUUCAGUAACUUAACAGACAAUAGGUGCAGAUUCCUUUAUUUAGAUGCAUGUUGUAGGUUGCCUAAGGACAACCAGAGUUUACUUUUAGCAUAAUAAAAUGAUUUUCUUUGAGAGGCAUUAAAGUCCUUUGUAGAGGAGGGAGGGGGAAUGUCUUUUCCUCUGUAUUCUAAAUUGGGUCACUGGGAUGUUUGGGUACCUCUUCCCUUUUGUAAUCAGUAACGAGAUGGGUCCCUAUUUAUGUACAUUCUGAGAUGUUCCUGUCAUCCAGAAGGAAGAGGCAGACUCUGCUGAGGAACUUCUUAUGUCAAUAUCUUGUGACCAGCAGCCCAAGGCUAAGGUCAAGGAACAACCAAUUAAGCCAAGGGGGAACCAGGAGCCAGAAAUCAUUCCCGUUCCAUAAGGUGUUUGUAUUGAAGGUGCAGGAAUGAUUGGAAUUGAAGAAAAUCCAGGGGAGCAAUGGCCAUCCAGGCACUUUGAGUACAGUAACAGUGAAGGUCUCUGGUCAUUGUCCUUGACUGUGGGGUCACAGCUAGAAGGAACUCUGUAUCUAGUCCAAUCUCCUCUUUUUAGAGAUAAGAGACCCAGAGAGGUUCAAGUGAGACCUUCCCAUGUUAUAGAAAUAAUAAAUGGCAGAGCCAAGUUUUGAAGCCACACCCUCCCUUUGAAAGGGAAAAAAAUGUAUAUAAAUGACCUCCCCACCCCCACCAAAGUACAAUGUAAAGAUAUUUACUGUGAAAGGUGUUUUGUUUUUUUUUAAUACUUCCUUCUGAGUAAGAUGUUUUUCUUAUUUUUACUAUUGCUGCUCUCACCCUCUUGGUCACUUUCAUUGUUCUCUUAUGGAAAGUAUGAUUCCAGGCUGCACUCAGGUUUUUUGCAAGUUAGAUUUGGAAGAAGAGAGUAUCUUGAUAAUUCACAAAGACCCCAAAAGACAGGGCUGAAGGAGAAAGGUUGGGACAGAUCAGCAAUUCCCAUGGGUUCUUCAUAGAUGAGGAUAUAUCAGUGAGAGCACCAGGCCUUGUAGACAUCUCUUCCCCAGCAGAGCACUUUGCUUCAAUCCCACAGCAUGUAUCCCAUCCUAGUUUGCACUAGGGGGUGGGUCCUUAUGGACUUGUCUUCUUGCUGUAACUGAAUUGUUGGUUCCUGAAGAACGGAUGGGGUAUGCACUGUAACCCCCACAGGGCUCCAGGCAAGAUUAGUACCUUGCCCGUAGUGGGCACCUGAUCAACAUUUGUUUCAUCAAAUGGAUAUCUUGUCCUUUGGAAUUCAACAGUGAUAGCACUCAUGGUAUCUGACUGAACCAGUACCUGAGACCUAUGUAUGGCUGUGCUCCUGCCCAUCCUUGCACACAUGGUCUUAAUCAUUUGUUCCUUUUGACUCUGGUUUAUCUCUUCCAAACCUUUGCUCAAAAAGAGCUUUCCCAUCCCUAUUACUGCUUCUGGGGGUAUAUGGGAACCCUGAAAGCAAAGAUGAGGAGGUUAGAGGGAAUAGAACAAACACCUACAUAGGUGGCAGAAAGGAAGGCACACCCUUCUUUCUGAUUAACAAGAAUUUUUCUGCAUCCUGAUCACCUCAAAUUUAUGCAAAAUGAAAGUUUGAGUCUUGGUUCUUUUUGACCUGCCUCACCACUUAAUCUUUGAGCACUUGGCUUCCCCUAGAAUAGUCACUUGUGAUUCUCCUCAGCUGGCAGCCCCAUUACCUAGUUUUGCCAUCCAACAGGAACAUUUACUCACAAAACGUCUCUCACCCCCUGAAACUCACAGAGUCUAAAAUGGAGCUGCCUCCAUAAUUUUCCCCAGGGUUCAACCCUUUAGCCUUAUGAUGUGCCCUUAACAUUGAUAGGCUCUCUGGUCAGGCACAUCUCAAUACUUACCCAUGAAAAAUUGCACUGAACUCUUUUUGUCACUUUGUCCUACCACCAAAUGAGCUAGCUGUUUGCCCAGGAACUAGUCAUUUCCCAUGAUCACCCUCCAUCCCAAUUAAGGGAAAACUCUGAAGGUAAGCACCUCUUGCUCUGCUAUUUACUAUCAGACAUUUUCUCUUACCCUGAUUGCAUUUUUCAAGGGCAGAACAGAGUUUUCUCCAAGGCAACAAAAAUCCUUUAGUAUUAACUGUAAGUGCUACUUCCUUCUGUUCAUUGCACUUCAAUUCAGCAAACCUGCACCUAAUGUAUGCUAUGACUGAGGAUACAAAGACUCAACAGCUCAUUCCCUCAAAACCCCUGCUUUUCUGCUUUAAGGAUGUGGCCCUGGCCCUGUCCCUGCCCAGAAGACCAUGAUUCUCUGCCCAUUAAUAAACAUAAUCUCCAAAGUUGACUUGGUCAAAUUUGGAAAGAUCCCCAUUCUUUAAAGACUGGCCAUUUCAAUCAAAGAUUGAAGGCCAGUUUUGCCCUAAGACCACUUAUAUUUGAAGCCUCAUAAAUGUCUCUGUGUGUGUCUCUUGUGGUAUGGUUAUAAUGUCUGUGAAAUUACCAGAGGCUUCCAUUGCCAUAAGGAAGUGCUGCUGUCAAAGUCAUGGAUGGGAAUGUGGUGAUUGUGGCUUGUAAUAUCCUCUUCGAAAGAAAUUGCUCUCUGCUUAUGAAAAUGCUGGUCCCACCGUUCCAAUCUUUUCCAUCUAUUUCAUAAUGGAAAACAAAUCCAACAAUCUUGUUUUAAAGUAUAGAAGGAAAUACUGUUUGCUAGAUGCCAAGUCUUGUCAGUAACCAUUCCUACCAGGUAGAAAUCAUCUGCUGUGCUCCCUUAGCUGUUCUCUUGGUGUUUAAAUGUGAAUAGUUGUUAAUAUGGCUGUAAAGUGUCCUAUUGUAUGAUUCUCGGGCAGAACACACGUCAUUUUAUUAUACUGUUAUCUUAUAAUAUAUUAAACAGGCUUUAUCUAAGAUGCUUUGAGUUUGUAUAAUAUAUCUUGAUAAAUUUUACUACCAUAUGUUAUGGAAUAAAUGUGUAUUUUUGUACUUGCAGAAACUGCUGCUAACUUUUAAAGUUGUCUGGUUGUAAAGGCACUGAUGAUAGAUAUGUAUGAAGUCCAUGCUGUAUAUUAAAAUAAAAACAACAUU